AUGUCAAUGUUUGUCAAAUUCAACGGUGUCAAAGGACACUCAGACUUCCAGAUGAAAAUCAACCAACACGGCACCACCGAUCACGAUUUCGAGUUUUCCUGCGGAUGUGGCUUCCGUGUUCCUUCCUUUCUCAAAGAGCAAUGCGUUGAUCUUUGGUGCUGGAUGCAAGGCCUCUACGAAGGAGUCGAAGUCGAAAAAGAAAAAUCUCACUGGAAAGAUCGUGAUUUCAAGCGAACUCCUCAUGUCUUCUGCGACAAAGACGACGAACACAUGAACCGCAUUAUCGAAAUGGUCUUCACCCGAAGAGAGCGUCUCAACGCAUCACCCGAAUACCCUGCUGCUUUCAAAUUGGAGGAGAAAACGAUGGGCGAAGAUUUGAUGCUUCAAAUCUGGUACAAGACACUCCUCACUGUCGACCAGCAGCUCUUCAUCGAGGUUCCUGCCCGAAAUGGCGAAGAGAUCUGGACUGACGAGUUGAAGCGAAGGGUUGCGGCCGACGGUGAGUUCAUCAGACUUGGUUCGUUUUCGGUUGAGCCAACAAAGAAAGCCUGCUUUCCGAAAAAGGAGAAGACCUCAAGCAAGAAAACAAAUGCCCCCAGAAAGAAGCCCCUGAUGAAUGAUGAUGAGCUGAUCAGACUCUUCAGUCAGCCUGCAACCAACCAGAAGAAAAACAAGAAGACCAAGAAGAACAAUCAGCGUAAAACCAAGAAAACUGCCAAGAAGUAA